CCAAACCACAUUAGCAUUGCUAGCGCUAACAGCUGCCUGUGUGACCCUAUUAGCUUCAUAAGUCAACAAUCGGGUGCGUAGUUUUCUUUAGGUCUUGAUGAAAUCUGCUAAAAAAUAUGCCUCAGAGUGGGAAAUCAUCAUCCACACGAAUGUCCAGUAACAGUGCUCACACGCGGCGUUACCGGACACGCGCCCUCACUUCCCAAGUAGAUGAAACUCUUUUUGGAACAGUUAAACAGUCUGCAUGUGAAAUUAAGAACCUCCCGAAAGAUGGCUCCAGAACGCAGUCUCGCUCUGCUCCGGCCACCAAAACACAGAACCCUGAGACAGUCCGUAUCAUCACCAAGGACCUCAUCAGGGACCUGAGAAUUCACAAUAAGGACCCAUCCGGACAGUCCAUCAUCCUCUGCCCGGCUGAAAUCGAGCGCAUCAUGGGUAAAUCACGUGUACUCACGAAAGAGGAGAGAGAAGCAACACUGCAGAGUCAGCGCAAAGAAUGGGAAGAGGCCAUGAAUGCUGCUGAGGAGAGGAAGGUGCUCAUGCAUCAAGCAGACUUGUGCCGUCACAAGAACCAAGGCCUUAGUGAUCUGGAAGCAGAGGCUAAGGAGCAGGCUCAGUAUUUACUGGAGAGGGCGAAUACCCUGAGAAUGGAGCAAGAAGAUGAGGUCAAGAAGCUUAACGAGCUGAUUCUGGAGGCGCAGUGCCAUGCGGUGAGGGACGCUCAGAUUGAAGAGAAGAAGCAGAUUCUGUCUGAGUUGCAGGAGGAGGAGCGUAGGCUGGAUGCCAUGAUGGAGGUGGACCGUCGGCGGGCCCUUGAGAUACAAGAACAGAUCGACAAGCUACGCAAAAAUCAGAGGAUUCAGGGGAAGAUGUGCAUCCUGAAGCAGAUUGAGGAACGUGAGGAAGAGCGCAUGCUGCAGGAAGAGCUGAAGGAACAGGAAGGGCAGCAGGUGCUGGAGAACCUGGAGAGGUUGCAGAUGGAGGAGUUGGAGGGUAUGGAAAAGAGAAAAGAGGAGCAAAGAAGGCUUCAGAUGGAAAUUCUGAAAAUCAACGAGGAAAAUCUGCUUGCAAAAGAACGCAAGAAAGAAGAGGAAAGGCUGGCUGACCUUCAUGCUCUGGAAUAUACACAAAAGAAAAUGAUGCGAGAGGCAGAGUAUGAGGCUGAACAAAAACAAAUAAAGAAAGAGAAGGAGAAAGAAGUGGCACGACUGAGAGCUCUCCAGGAAAGAGACAGAGAUCAUAAGGCUGAACAGGAUGCGCUCAGGGCUCGUAGGAACCAGGAGGCUACUGAAAGGGAAUGGAGAAGGAAAGAGAAAGAACAGGCCAAAAAAAAGCAGGAAGAGGCGGAGAGAUUGAAGGCCUCUCGUCUAGAGCAGAUCACCCAUAAAGAGCACAUGCUGUCUAUCGAAGGUGGACGAGAGAGGGCCGAGUUUGAGAGGGUCCUGAGGGUCCAGCAGGAGCUCAUUGCACGGGAAAGGGAGAAGGAGGAACGGCAUCAGCAGCGGAUCCUGCACCACUCCGAGGAGGUCCGGCAGCAGGUUCGGGAGCGGGAGGCUCAGGCCAUCGCUCGGAGGAGAGAUGUGUUCCGUGAAGGAGAGAAGCUGGAUGAAGAAGCUCGGGUCCGUCGAGCACGUCUGGAUGAGAUCAAAGAAAAGAAGCUAAAGGAGCUGAAGGCAGCCGGACUUCCUGAGAAAUACUGCAGUGAGGUGGAGCGGAAGAUCCAUGGCUUGCCUACCCUGGUAGGUUGAAGAAGAUUUGCCUCUGGAUUCAAAACAAAUAAAACCUCUAAAUAUCGUUUCCUGUGUAAUAAUAAAAGCAAUAAAAUAAUAA